AUGACCCUCUAGAUCUACGCCUGAUGCGUUUCUUCGGUUCUAUUACUCUUCUGUCGCAGUCCCCGUCCAAGGCUUCCUCGAUCACUAUGAAGACGGGAGGUGGUCCUCCUGGUAUGAAGACCACAUUGUAUACUUGGCUUAGAUGGGCUUGGAAAGCGGGCGUUGUUAAACAAGAACAAAAAUUAGGGACAUCCGCACUUCCUGCUCUACCCGACUCACCAAAUAAGGUGCAUCCGCAACCAGUUCUCUCGAAUUCUUUGUUAGAUACCCUUGCAGGCAAAGAAAAAGACUCAGAACAAGUAAUCCUCGCUCUUCAGGCUUGGAACGCAGAGAUUACAGGAAAUAGUAGCACCUCGUCUGCCGCCGUUGACGUGAAGCUCCGGUUCGCCCAUCGACUGCGGCUCGUCGCCUGCGCACAGCAAAACAUAGCACAGGCAAGACAGCGCCGUCGACUGGUAGACUCAACUGCGGGCCCGGAACAAACGCUCAACCAGAUACUAAGCUUGCAAGGAGGAGGUGUAGAAGGUGAACAAGGAGGACAUCAGAGGCAAGGACAACAAAGUCAAAUUCUUAGAAAGGCUCUGGAAAUCGAUGUAGAAGUUGAAAAGAAAGAUGGAGAAGAUGAUGACGACACCAACGAAGGUGGGG